AUGUCUGCUGGCGGCGACGAGGCUUCUGCUGCCGCGACCGGCUCGGUCUUCCGUAUUACCGACUUACCCAUCGAGACUCAGCGCGACAUUCUCUCCUAUUGCUCUCAAAGCCAUCUCAUCUGCGUCGCCCUUGUCUCCAAACAUUUUCAUCAUCUUGCUUCUGCUAUCCUAUACCGCGACUUUCACAUCAUCUUCCCCGACGAUGACGACCUUAGCUUCGGUUCUCCCGUGGACGGUCUCGCCGGUGGUCUCGACACCUUUACUACAAGCGAGUAUGAUUACGCCAGACAUCUACGAGACCUCUCUAUGGAUACGUUGAGUUCUGGUCUCAAGGGCGAACGCUCCUACCAACCGUAUCUAUACUCGUCUAGCUGUGGCAAGUUUUUCAAUACUCUGCUCUUUCUGACUCUCAAAAAAGCACACUUUCUCGAAUCCUUUCGAUGGAAUGUGCGAAUCGAGCUUAGUCGCACAGUCUAUAGACGACUACGAGAGCUCAAGUCGCUUCGCGCCCUGCAUAUCCGGAUGCAGGCCGGCGACUCGUAUUACUCCAGACCGCCGCCUCUUCCAAUCAGCUUCCAUCAGCACCAUUCCCCACCCAGCCCGGUCUAUGGUCAUUCGCACUGGUCUAGCACAGCUUUCCAGCCUAUUCAGUCGUCUAUGGCCUCUGCGCAUCCCAUCUCACACCAUGUCUCGCAGAACCAACCCCAUACACGAUCCCGGUCCGUGUCCAAGAACCGCGUUCCAAAGCAACCUCAAGAGGCUGCGAGACUCUCUGGCUUCAGAAACCUAACAUACUUGGCUGUUCUGGACAUUGAUGACAUGAACCUCGUAACAGAGAUAGCAGAUUCUGUCAAGCACUCGCAUUCGACCUUGACAGAGCUCAAGCUGUCUUUAUCCCGAGCUUUGGCCUCACAAGCUAGGAGAGCUUCGCAUGAGUCGGACGCUGAGGAAUCUACAGACGAAGAUUUUCCCGAUGCCUUGAACGCCCAGCACCCGAAUUUUGGGCCGCCUGAGCCCGUCCGAAAUUUCAGAGCUCAGGAGGAAUGGAAAAGGCAGGAACUUCUUCUUGGCAAAAUGCUCGGUGUUGAGCCCAGUCUCCAGAAGAGGCCUCAGAUGAAGCUAGACGCGUCUAAUACCAAAGCAGGGGAACCUACGACUGAUAAAGCUCCUGCUGUAGCGCCAGGGCAAGAGUUUAUCUCCUCUCUCACAGGCAUUUCAACCAAAUUACUAACUCUCCUGAACGGCACAAAAGAGUUUUCGGCAACUCACCAAGAAAUACUGAAUACGAUAGAACACGCUGCUCGGAAAUACGUCGAAUCCGGAGAGAUUCCAAGCUGGAAGCAAAACCAAGAGGCAGAUAAUCGGGCAACUGGCGAAGAGGAUAGCCAAGCACAACACGCGUCCACUUCUGCUGCCGCGAAUCUCGAGACUGUUGGAAAUUCUGGUACAGAGGUGCCAGCGGAGACUUCAAACACUCUCCCAACACGGCCAAAGCUAGGAGAUGUGCCACUGGCAGAUUUCAGCAUCAAAAAUAACGACCCAGGUGGAGAAACGUCUCUGGAUACCGCCCAGCUGCGUAACACAGCCGGCCCCAGAGAUGGUCUUGCCUCUGGUGAGCCUUCGUCUUCUCGAACUACCCAUUUUUUGUCCGUGGAAGAUCUUUCCAGACGUCGUUGUGACGAUGCUAGCUCUUCUCGGGGUAUGUUUGGGGGGAAAGCUGCUACGAGUACAGAAACUCAGAUGGAUGACUACAUUCGCAGCACCAGAGGCUUGUCCCUCGAAGUGUUGAAAAUUGAUCUCCUUCCCACCAAGGCUUCAGUGCUGUGCCGAGCUCUGAAUCUUGGAGCCCUGAAAGAAAUAACGUUGCUCAAUGUUGGCAGCCAGGCACCCAUCUGGACGGCCCUGGCCAAGGAAAAUGCCUCGAAACCGCUACCUCUUCGCAGCAUAUUUACGGACAAUGUUUCAAAUACAUUUUUAACAUUUGUGUCUCGUCUGGAGGAACUUGACGAGCUGUUUUUGCUGGAACGCAGCGUCGAUCACAUUCCUGCUAGCUUCACGCCGAGGGCCUCUGUCACCAUUGACCAGAUCCGUCGACUUGUGCUUAAGAAGCACAUACACACCCUCAAGCGCCUGAUGAUCAAAGACGAGUCCAAGGAGGCCAACUGGGAUGCCAACGAAAAGACAAUGGUUAUGAUUUGCAAUCAAGGAAGACAGCUAGAGGAGCUGGCAAUCAGCAUGAAUCGAAAUGCGGUGUAUUUUCACGAAUUGAUCAACCUUCGCGCCAUCAACGUCCUGCACUUUAAGAGCAACGAUACUUGCUUGUGGGUUGUUCGCGAAACACUGCGCUUCAUGGUCGACAAUCUCUCGCACUAUCCCGAGAUGAAGCUCGAGUGGAUCGCCAUGGAAGAUGACCGCGUCGACCGCGUGGUGCGGCCAGGCGAGUCAGAGGAUGACGAGUUUGGCCCGCACCGACUUUCCAGGUCCGACCAGCCCACCAUCACGGGGCCAUUUAACCCUCCCUCCGACCCGUCCUCCGGCCACGGCAGCGACAGUAGCCUCCCGCUGUUCCCCUCUGACGCACUUGGCGACAGCGACGACAGCGACGACGAGCAAGUCCACGACGGCGUAUCGCGGCUGCGGUACACGACAGUCGGCCCCAUACAGUUUUAUGACGUAUGGGGUAUCAAAAUCUUUGAAAAGGAGAUUCGCAGCGGACGUUUGUAG